UGAUUUGUUAGAGUUCAACAUUUUCUGUUACAUGGUUCUCCGAGUAUCCCUCUAAGGAAGUGAGUGACCAAAUUGAUGAUCAUGAAUCAUAUGAUCAUCCAUGAUUCCCCCUAAUUAAUAAUUCUUCAUGAAAAGAGAAAAAGAGACAACAUCAACAACAACAAUUGGGAAUCAAAGAAAAAACAUCAUGGCUGCAAGCAGAGAUCUUGAGCUUUUGAUCCCUGUCUCAACCAUUUCUGAUCAAAAUGGAGGCUUUAAAUCUUCUUCUAAUAAUUCAUCACCAGGCCCUAUUACUCCCACCCCACAUCAUCAUCACACUGGCCAAGAGGCGUUUCUAAAAGUAAUUCGCAGCUGGGCAUCAAAGAAGUUCAUGACAGGAUGUGUAAUCCUUUUUCCAAUCGCUAUAACAUUCUACAUCACUUGGGGUUUUAUCCACUUUGUGGAUAGUUUCUUCUCCCCUAUAUUUAAUCAUCUAGGGAUCAAUAUUUUUGGUCUGGGAUUUGCAACCUCAAUCACAUUCAUAUUCUUGGUUGGAAUAUUCAUGUCAUCAUGGUUGGGAACUUCAGUUCUAACCCUUGGAGAAUGGUUCAUCAAAAAAAUGCCUCUUGUAAGCUAUAUAUAUGCUGCCUCCAAGCAAAUUAGUGCAGCAAUUUCACCUGAUCAAAAUUCAAAUGCAUUCAAGGAAGUGGCAUUGAUAAGACACCCACGUGUUGGAGAGUAUGCAUUGGCAUUCAUAACAUCAUCGGUAGUGUUGAGAACAAACAGAGAUGAACAAGAGCUUCUAUGUGUUUAUGUUCCAACCAACCACUUAUAUUUGGGUGACAUUCUUCUCAUGAACCCUAAUGAUGUUCUAAGGCCCAAUUUGUCUGUCCGAGAAGGCAUAGAAAUUGUUAUAUCUGGUGGGAUGUCAAUUCCUCAAUUAUUGACGACAGUGGAUGUUGAUCAAAGCAAAUUAGCAACAAGAAUACCAACCUUUGCAGCAUCACAAGUAUAACUAACUAUACUACCCAAAGUAUAUAUUCAUCUCUUUAACUUUAGUUUAAUGGCAUUUGCCCCUUGACCUAAGCAAAUAGAAUCUUUUUUUUUUUUUUUUGUCUUGCUCUAGAGGA